CAGGGGAAGUGCGUGGAAGAACAUCUUGUUCUUCAACAGCCUUUGCAUCCACAGCCAUCAGCUCUCUCCCGGGAGCUGCAUCCCAGUGCCAGCGGCAGCAGAAGAGCUCUGGCAGCCCAGGAAGCACUGGGAGGAGGCAGCAUCUUGCAGAGAUCUAGAGAAGGAGACUCAGUCUCCUCGACGUUUCUCAAGCCAUCUGUUCGGUGUGGUACCAAGGACUAUCCAAGUACGCAGACAGAGGGAUCUGAGAGAGGCACGCGCCUGCCACACACCACAGCCCAGGGAUGAGUGAGAACCCACCCACCAACCUCAGCACUGGAGAUGCUCAAGCUGGUCCCACCACACCACGCAAGGGGCCUCCCAAGUUCAAGCAAAGACAGACAAGGCAGUUCAAGAGCAAGCCCCCUAAAAAAGGAGUAAAAGGGUUUGGAGAUGACAUCCCAGGCAUGGAGGGACUGGGCACAGAUAUCACAGUGAUUUGCCCAUGGGAAGCUUUCAGCCAUCUGGAACUGCACGAGCUGGCCCAAUUUGGGAUCAUCUAAGGUGCCAGCAUCUCUACUGGUGUCACCUGGUGACUCCACAGAUCCCAGCAUGGUCUUCAUCACCUUUGACGCUUAUUUUUGGCCCUUACAUCCACCUGCUCACGGGCAGGGUGGCUUUGUAAGAGCUAGUUAUGAGAAAGUCCUUUGCAGAUUAAUUUGGCAAAGAAGUUAGUUGGGACCCUGAACAGACCUCAUGCUCCAUGUGGUGAAACUACUGAAAAAUGUCUUAAUGCCUCCCUGAACCAUAUUCUGUCUUCUCCCACUGUCAUUGCUCUUCAGGUUUAUGGAGAUAGAGGGAGGCUGUAUUUGAACUUUCCCCUGGUUAACUUUUCUCCUGGUUAGCUGAGAUACUGUGUGCAUGGGUGUGCAUAUAUGUCCAGACCUAAUCAUAUCAAGCCCGUUCUGUUUUCUUCCCUCCCUGACAGCUUUCUGUAUAGGAUUUCCAUGGAUAUGUCCCCAUGUUAUCCGGGCCACCAAUUAUUUGCUGAGAGUAUAUCUGUAGAGAACAGCAUUAGAGUCACCAGUCCAGACGUUAGGCUAUUUUUCUGUAGGAGACCCUUCCCCAGGGGUUCACCAUAAGGAAUUUGCUGCUAAGAUUUACCUCACCAGCAAAUGGGGAAAAGGGGUUGCAAAUGUUGACUCUGCUGUACUGCCCACAGGCUAUGAGCCAUGAGACUCUGGCUGUUCCAAUAAUGUUAAAUGAAAAUAUGCGUGUCUGAGAUCAAUAGCUAAGUGAAUUAAUCCUACUAUUCAUUCCUUUGUGUCUGCAAUUCCAAAGAAGCAGCACUCAAAUGACACUGUGUUCCUCUCCUUCGAUAGGCACGCCGUGUGACACUUGCACUGUCCCCAUGCCCAUACAUACUUACAGGAGGCAUUUGCUCCCCAGCACGUUUGCUGCCAGUUAAGAAGACAGAGGAUCAUUAUGAUCUGUCACCAGACAGUGCCAGUAGUCCCGCCUCAUCUAGCAGAAGGUGGUAUCGCAUUAAUUGCUCCCUCUUCUCUGCAUUUAGCAUGGGGCAAGUCUCCCUUCACACCCUGCCCCAUCAGCAGGAAGGCUUUUCUCUUCACCCCCUGGCAAGUUCAAGCUCUGGAGCUUGACUGGACAAGCAGGCAAAUGGUGGUUCCCCAGAGAGAGAUAACGGCAGAGCCGGUGGGGAGGCAGGGGGAGUGUAGGAUGUGUAUAUGCAGGCAAGCCCAGAGCGAAUCCACUUAACCCUAUCGAUUUGUGUCUCCUGGUCUCCGGCAGCCUGAGUGCUGGUGAGUGGUGAGGCACUCAUAAUCACUUAAAUGCUUGGGGAAGGCACCGAGAUUCCCUGCUGCCCUGGCAUUAAGGAAGAGCUUUUAUUUUGUUUGGAGGCAAGGAGGGAGCUUUGUUGUAGCUACCUAACAUUCACAAGAAGAGGUGGUAUUUUUAAUCAUUGCCUUCAGCUUGAUGAGCCUCAUUGCAUAAGAACUGCCUCCCCCCAGCUUAUCUUUCCUAUGCUGAACAUGUUCACGGGAGCAUGGAGUGGUUAUGGAGAGGAGAGCAAAUCCUGCCUAAAAGAUCAAUCCCCACGCAUAAAGCAUUGCUACAAAUCCAUGGCUGUGCUAUAGUUAUCCACUACUGUUAUUCCAGAAGUAAGAGGUAGCAGGUUUCAUUUACAAUACAGCUUCAGCACCAAAAGCUAAAGGAAAUUCCUGUUGGCAGUCCAGAGUACAGCUUUUAUUAUUCAGCACUCCUGCCGUUAGAAACAGCAGUAAACCAACAAGCAGUUCAGAACCGCAACACAGUCACAGCGCAGGAGUCAUGUACCAUUUAGCUAAUUGCAGCCCACAGCUAUUUCCUUGGGCAGAGGCAGUCUGUCCUUUCCACUUACUCCCAGUUUCUCCCACCUUUCUCACCUUUUAAGGUUUUUCUUCUUUCCCUAAGUGUUCUUUAUGUAAAUGAUGUUUUAUUUAGCUUUUACUGUAGGGGACUGAUUUCAUUUUUCUCCAAGCUCAUGUGCUAGCUCUCUCCUUCUGUGGUUAAAUGUGAACAUUCCUAUGUCAAUGCUCUUGUGCUUUCCCUCAUAUUACACCACCCUGUAGCAUGUGAUCCUUAUUCCACCUCCUGAGUCUGUCCUCUUCUAUCUGGGAGAAGACCCACUGCAUCCAGUUUUGGAUCCUGCAAGAUGGCUGCCUCUAUUAUCAUUGAGUUUCCCCUUUUUUAAGCAGGAGAACAACAAGAGGAGAACCUUUGAAUUAGCCCUUUUGCUCCCUUUCAUCCCAGGCCUUGGGAAAGCAGUCCAAAGAUAGUGAGAUCCUCUGUCAGAAAAUACUGGGGUAAAAGCAAAGUUCUUCUUAGUCCAGGGACUGAAACAUUUCAGCAAUUGGGAGGGUCCUGGUGUAGUUCCACAUCUGAUUGCUGUAACCCCGGCUCCCAUCAGAGACCUACUCCACUCUCCUUCCUAGAGGCAUCCAGCAGGAAUGCACACAUACCCCAGGUCUCAUGCCUGGCUGAUGAGCUGUAUCAGAAGAUGUUUUGAGUCAACAUAGUUUGUUAGCUAUUUUAAAAAUAAUUUCUAUUCAUUAACAGGGACUACAUUUGUUCCUUUACUUGUAAGGAAUUUUGAGACUUGGAAGGAGUCUUAAAACAUCCUCACAGUUGUUUUGUCUGAGGUUCUGAGCUUUUUCUAAUGAGCUAUAACCCCCGAAACUUCCAUUUUACAAACAGUGAGAGAUGGCUAUGGUGCAAGAAAGCAAAUGUGUUAAAGAAGCUUAUUGAAGGACUUCAGUCUAUAAACAUUGUAAUAUGCUAUUCUUUGUUCUUUUACUAUAAAAACAAGUCAAAAGCAAUAAAAAUGAAUAAAAAAUGUUUUAAAAAUGCUA